AUGUUAAUUCCAAAGCUUGAGGUUCUAGAUGAAAUCCCCACAAACAAUUUUUUCAUAACUCCUCAACAUUCACCCGCCCGUGAAAUUCAACAGCUUAAUCAUCAUCAGCAACAACAAAUGUUUACUACUACUUCUAAUAACAACAAUUACAAUAAUUAUAAUUCAGCUUUUGCCGAUGUUUAUAAUCAAAAGCAACCACACACUACCAACAAUAAUGGCUUUUCAUAUUCUCAAGAUAUUGUCAAUUUUACUCAGAAUAAUACAAAUUAUGCAGAUAUUAUGAAUGGACUUGAUAAUAAUAUAGAGAAAAAUCUUCAAUCUACUGCAACUGAAUGUCCCUCAAAUCAAAUACAAGAUAUUAUUGAUAAAAGAUUGCAGCUUGUUACCGAAAAAGGAGAAAAGGUCACUUGUUGGUCUCACUUACAAUUACCUGAAUACAUGGUUGCAAAAGAAAAGUUCAAAAUCAAAAAUUCAAAAGUUCCUUCUGAUCAUUCUUCUAAUGUUUCGCAAGAUCAUAUAUUAAAUCUAGAAGCAUCUGUUGUCUGUGCAAGUGAUACAACAAAAAAAGUUCUUACUUGUCUUGGUUGUGUUCAACGUGAGAAUAUUAAUUAG